AUGAAACUCGUCCAAGCCCUUCUUAACUCUCGUCCUCGACUUCGAUUUCGAUUCUUGUCCUUCGCUCUCUUCUCUUUCCUCUUCUUGGUCUGUAGUCCUGCCACCUCGCAUGCAGCCCCGUCUGUCCGCGAGACUCGUAACAGCAACCACAACAACAACCCAUUGAACAUUGAUUGGGAUCCCGCACCGUCACCCGAGGACGGACCUCCAGCAUCGGCCGGUGCCUUGAGAGAUCCCGCCUACAUCCCUUACCAGGUCGGCGCCAUCGUCGGCUCGUACGGAGUAUCCUUGGUGCUGGUCGCCGUCUUCCUGCUCAUCCUCUCCAAAAGACGUCGCGAGGCCCUCUCUGCCGCUAACCAGGAGAUCGAGGUCGACUUUGACGAGCUUGAGCCCAAGUCGCCGCCGCCAAAGCUCACGCUACAAGUGCCGAGCUCUCUCAGGAGUAUACCACGGAGCCCAGUUCGCAACUUUUCGUAUCCCUCAGCGGACGAGUAUUACACGCCCGAGUACCCGACACCCCAGACACCAUACGUCGCCCCGACACCCACGUCAACGCUUCACGCACCCGGUGUAGAUUUUACCGUAGACCAACGAGUGGUCGCCCAAGACAAGAAAAUGGCGCAGUCACAGCUCGAGGAGAUGUACAAGUAUGUGAUGGAGCAGGAGGAGGCCAAAGCGCAGGGAAUCAAGCUGGAUGAGCCGCCGCGGGCGCUCUCCAGCCACCCACCACAGCUGCAGACACCGUCGCAUGCCAGCUUCAGCAGAUCGUCCGUCAGGAAGGAGAAGCACAAGCCGGGCAACCUGAACCUCGUCGAGGGCAAGCCGGAGGGCAAGCCCGGGGGCAAGCUGGAGGGCAAUUCGGAGGCGGUUCCGGGAGAGAAGCCGGAGAAGAAGCAGUCGAGGGCAUCGUCCAUCUUUGCCGCCCUGCGCUCGCCCAAGAAGACCAAGGAGGUUAGGGCCGUCAACAUCUCAUCGCCCAUCAUGACGCCCAUGACGGGCACUUUCCCGCGCCACGAGUCGCAGGAGCUGAGCGCCAUCCAGCCGCGGCAGUACGCGCCGCCGCCGCCGCCUUCGUUGCCCAGCCAUCAUCACAUGUCGUACGGGGGUGUGCACCACAACAACGGACAGAUGUCGCCCGUCAGUCCGGAACACUCGCCCGAGAGCACGCAGAGCAUCGACGAGCGUAUCGGCGGGCACAUCCCCAUCGGUAUCGAUCACGUCCGCCACCCUUCGGCGGCGCUGUCCGAGAGGGAUCCGAACUCGGCCGUGUCGGAUAGGUCGACGGCCCCACUCAUCGGGCUGCCGUCGACCCCGAAGCCGGGCGCACGGUUCUCCACCUCCACCCUCCCGGCAUCCCCGAGACCGGGGGCAUCGUUUCAGAUUCCUCCCCCGCCGGGGGCCGGUGGUGGUGGUGGAUACCGGUCCAAAGCGCCCUCAGCGGUGCGGACCGGCGGAGCGCUGCCGCUGCGCGCGUACGAGCCCGCGCUGAACUCGCCGUCGCAGUCGUCACAGACGACCAAGCAGACGGUGUUCACGCGUACGGGGCCGCUGUCGCCGUCUGGGGCGCGGACGCCGGCGACGGGCAUGGCGGUGCCGUACUCGCCCUACCAGCCCUUCACGCCGUGCGUACCCAUGACGCCGUCGCUAGUGACCAAGGCGGACCGCAAGCGGAUGAAGAAGCUAGAGCCCAAGACGCCGACGAGGGAGAUGGUCAGGAGCGAGGAAGACAUCUGGUAA